UGUCAUUCAUGGAAUGCAAAAAGAUGCUGUGUCCUUUACUGUACGGAAUGAUGCGUUGAUCUGUAAAUAUGGUAAUGUGCUGCUAAAUCGUGGGAAAAAUAAUGCAACUGGUUACAUUUCUCAGAAAAUGAGAGAACUGGGUCGACUCGUUGUGGCAGCAAAGGAAAUUGAUAAGAGUAUUAAAUAUCUUGAAGAUCUGUGCCAUGUAUCCAAGUUUCAGGUGCUGCUGAAGGCAGUUAAAAGGAUCUCUCAGUUUAGCCCAAGCAAGAAUGCAUACAGAAAGGCAUCAACUGCUGUCAAAAUUGGCUUCUCAUUAAAAGGAGUGACUGAUGUGCUUAUUGGCCAGACUCUGGAAAAUUAUGAUGACUUGGCUGAAAGGAAUGCAAAGAAGUUCAAAGAACUUUUAGAACAGAAGUGGAAAGACAGUGUUUCUUUUAAUGCACACAAAACAAUGGAAGAGAACAGGUGGAACAAAGAUGACGGUAUCCCAUUGACUAAAGAUGUCAUGAUCCUCCAAGAGCACCUUAGAAAGGUUGAAGACGAAGCAAAACGGGAGUUGCUAGAUGGCAUCAACAUGUCUGCUUAUAAGGACCUGACUGAGAGCCUUCUGUCACAGGUCAUUGUGUUCAAUAGACGAAGGGAAGGUGAGGCCUCCCGCUUGACCUUAGACAUGUACAUGAACGCAAACAGGACCCCAGUAAAUGGGGAUAUAUUUCAAACACUAACACCGCUUGAGCAAGAACUGAGCAAGACCCUUACCAGAAUAGAAAUCAGAGGAAAGAGAGGUAGAAAAGUGCCAAUUCUCCUACCAGAUAGAACAAAAGCAUCAAUUGAUUUCCUGAUAGAAAAAAGAAAAGAAGCUGGUGUACCUGAUCAGAACCCCUUUGUCUUCGCAAGACCUUCUGCAAUGUCAAACUUUCGUGGCUGUGACUGUCUGAGGAGAUUUUCAGAAGAGAGCAAGGCAGAAAACCCAGGACUCCUUAGAUCAACCAAACUAAGAAAGCAGGUUGCUACACUUUGUCAGCUGCUGAAUCUUGACCAGCAAGAGUUGGAGCAAGGUGCGAGAUUCAUGGGACAUGACAUUAGGGUGCACUGUGAUUUUUACAGACAGAUAAAACACUUCAGCUGUCAAGGAUCAGCAAACUUCUCUUUGCAAUGGAGAAAGGCACGGAGACCAUCAAAGGCCAGAAUCUCAACACUCUUGACUUUUCACUUCCUGGUAGCAGUAUGGCACAAACUGACAGCCCACAGACAGACAGACCAGUAGUGAGGAU